UCGAAUCGGCAGUGGUUGUCUGAAGCGUUGUGCUGCCGUAGGUUUUCUGGGGGUUCGCCUAGUGAAUUAGCCGAGCGUCGAGCGUUCUCCCCUGAAUCUCUGCGGGGCGGCGAGCUUCAACGACGAGAGACAGAAACACUCCCGAAGUUGAAGAAGAACAAGUCCUAGAGGGUUGCUGGCGGCAGCCGCUGCAUCCGACGACAACUGUAUCUGCCUGCGUAUGACUGAGAGCGUAUGAGAGUGUGUAUGACGGGGUGUAUGUGUGUGUGUGUGAGGCUGUGUGUGUGCGAGUGUGUGUGUACGGUGUAUUAUAGGCAGUAGCGACCAGUAGUAUUCGGUCAGGCAAAGGAUCCGCAACAAUCAGUGAGUGCGAGUCCAGUUGUCGGUCAUGGACGACGACUACGGCCCUAUACCGGAUACCGAAAGUGGACCGGAUUAUGCUGCAGGCGACAAGAAAUAAUCGAGCUGACCCGGCCGCCGGGCGUAGCCGAUCACUCAGAGAUCAGUCAAAUAGUUUUCGACCGGAGAAGAAAAAGAGCUCUUUGCUCUGCUAGUGGUGCUGGACAAGUCGUGGCUAACAACAGCGGCAAUACCCGCAGUAGUUGAAAUAAUGGAAGUGACGGCUGCACUAGACCGCCAAUCACUUCGUAAUGAUAGCGGUGCAUAUCUGUCAUUCUAACAAUGGUGAAAAAUGUUCGGGACCGCUAGUCAGGAAACUGCCGAAACGGACACGAAACCUCUGGUCAUUGAUUCACCAUUAUCUACUGCGCGCUGUGUUUGUCUCGUUCAGUAGUCGGCCAGUUGGUCGAAUUUCUCCGGUAAUACCUGUAGUCGGCUGAUAUUUACUUAUCAAUACUAUACUAUUAGCACUGCAAGCGGUGAUAGUUACACCAGAAGCCCGAACAAAAUUCCAGAUGAAAGCCAGUGGUCUGUUCUCGGUUUGAUUAGCAGCUUGAUUCGACGCUAAUUUAUCUCUUGGUUUUUGUCUGUUGUCAUUCUCGUAUGUCGAUUCCGUUACUAGUUUUUCGUAGGCGGAUCAGUUCCUAGUGAAUACAGGAUAUCCGUUAGAUCUACCGUAUGUGGCAGCUCCGGCAGCACCACCAGUGAGUUCUUGUCACUCCACUCUCACAUGUCAGAGCAUAGAAACGGAUAUAGUGGAAAUCGCGUAAUGAUCGUGGACUUCAGAACUUCGCUUUGGCUUUUACAUAGCAUAUUGUUCGAGUCGUAGGCUGUGCUUGAUUUGGAUCGGUUGCUUUCCCUAUAAAAUACAGAAAAGAGAUUACUGUCUGACGUUUGUGUAUGCGCGAUUUGAAUAGCGGCAGCGACAGUACGGAUAGCUGGAGCGUGGUCAACGGUGGAAGUCGGAGCAAAACGGAGGAAGUCGCUAUCAUUAAUAAUUAAAGUGAAACGAAAUGCAAAUAAAUGGUUGCAGAUUGAAAGAGUAGUGUGAAUAAAAUAGCGGGUGACGAAGACGUCCAUAUGAAUGUGCUCACUGUGGGUACAGCGAGUGUCGUAGCAGAAGUAACACAAAAUAGCGGCAGCAGCAACAGUAACAAUAACGACGGCUGUAUGUGACACACUUUGAAGUGAAGGAAAAUUCGAAAGAACCACUUUCGCGCGGUCAGUCGGCCAAUUUCAUGAUAUCGGGUGCACUUCGGACGAGUGGUGUGUGACUAGCUAUAGGUGAAGGACACUUCCGUGUGGCAAUAGGUUUUAGGAGGGUUCUUAUACCAUCAGAAUAAGGGUCACUAGAGAAGAAUGAAUAGUUGAGGGGAACACGUGUCGAAAUUUGUGCACACACUUGGAAAUUUGAAAAGUACGUUCCGGCCCCUUCAACCACUAGUGUAAGAGAAACGAAACGCAAGUUACGAGAAAAACCGAAAGAGAAAACGAAACAUUCAGCUAGAGAAAAAUACAGGGUAUAAGUAUACAUAUAAAGGCCAUUGUAAUUCUUAGUUAUGCCAUCUGGAGGCAUUUUUGGUGUCCAGAUAUUUGGUGACUGUCUGCGCCAUGCUCAGAUGGGUGACACCGUCAACUCAACCGAUAUACCCUUAGUGUAACAAGAAUUGUCAACGAUGUGAUAUAAUGUUACCCCUAGAAAUGAUGGAACGAGUUGGAAUACCCGUUUGUUUUAGAUGUCUGCUGUUCUACGGAGAAAUAUGUGUCUAUACCGAAGAGGAAUCAUGGGGCACAAACUGUUCUUAGAAAAGUUGAAAACACGAAUUGACCGUUUCCUAAACGUCGUCUCCGACUACAAAUGCAAAUGAGAAGCGUUAGCGCUCGUAUGAAUACCAGUUAGACAGCUCACUGUAUUCAUAUCGAGAGGGCCAUAUUAUGGAAACAGGAUUAGCGUCGUGAAAACAAUUCUCUCCGUCGAGCAAUGCAAAAAAUAGGUCCCAGUACCGUUCAGCGGUAUCUAAACAGUGGAGUUUGGCUUUCGUUGCUCAAGAGGGUUUCGUACGGCUAAGGAUUACGACAUAAAGAUGAAAAUCGUUUUGAAACCUGUAUCUUUUUGUUGAGGCCGAGAAAAAUUCUUGACUACAUGCCUGUGCAGUUGACUACGCGUAUAUGUCGUGUUGCUGCGGAACCAUCCGUCGAACCUGUGCGAACAGUGUCGGAGACUAGGGCAUCAUAACAAAAAUGACGACAAGGUGAAUUAUCAACCCGAGCCACAUCCUCUCUAUUCGGGACAACUCGACCUUGCGACGAACCGUGUAUAUAUAUAUAGUUUUAGGUAUUACCAGGACGCACACCAGCCGUGAUCACGGCAGCUGGCGGGCCAACCACAAUGUGGAACAUGAUCUGUGACGUGAUGCCGACCAUCUCCGAGGACCGCAGCAGUUGCGGCCCUCCUGGUCCUAGCGGUGGCGGGGGGAACUGCUCCGGCGAAGAGAAUGAAUCCAGUAACAUUGAACAACUUAUGGUCACCAUGCUGGAUGAUCGAGAAAAAUUGAUGGAGAAUAUACGUGAAACACAGGAGCAACUGAGUCAACAUCAACAAAAGAUUAGCGACAUCACCAAGGAGCGAGAUGCUUUGGCACGCCAACUUUCACAAACCAUGCCGCAAGACUACACAGUCCUUAGCAAGGAGCUCAAUAUAGCCCGGGAGCAUAUGCUCGAAAAGGAUGAGGAAAUCGCUGAGCUCAAGGCGGAAAGAAAUAAUACUCGGCUGUUGCUAGAACAUCUCGAAUGCCUCGUGGCUAGACACGAGCGGUCGCUUCGGAUGACCGUAGUAAAGCGACAAACGCAAUCAUCUGCGGGGGUCAGUUCUGAGGUAGAGGUGCUCAAAGCCCUUAAAAGUCUGUUCGAACAUCACAAAGCUCUCGAUGAGAAGGUGAGAGAGCGGCUCCGUGCUGCCCUGGAGCGAGUUUCUCAGCUUGAAGAGGAGCUUGCUCGGUCCGCAGAACAGCUGUCUCAACUAUCGAGUCAGGGCAAAAACAAUGGCUCACAACAGGGUGGUCCCACUAUACAAAGCCAUGAGCAGGACGCAGGCUCAAAAGGCCAACAACAACAGCAGGUAACUAAUGCGGUCCAGGUUGGUCAAAAUAACAAUGCAAACGGAAGCAACGUGCAAAACGACGUGCAGGAAUUGGAAGCACAACUCGAACGGCAAACUGCAGAGCUAGCUCGCGGCCGAGGUCAGAUAGUGGAGCUCAAGGCGAGGUGCCGGGACAUUGAAGAAGUUUUACGGGAUACGCAGAAAGAUCUGCUUCAGAUGAAGGAGGAGAACCAGCGGCUGUGCCGUGACCUUGCCGAGAACAACGCCCAAAAAGAGGAUCAGGAGGAACGAAUUACGACAUUGGAGAAGCGUUGCCUUAAUGCUCAGAGGGAAUCUGUGUCACUGAACGAUGUCAAGGAGAAGCUCGAGCAUGAGGUCGCUGCGCAUCAGGCCCAGCUUCGACUGGCCGAAGAGCGAUGUCGGUCCUUGCAGGAACGACUGCAGGUGGCAGAAGAAAAGCUGUUGUCCGCUGCUGCGCGCGAAGAGAAAUUGAUCGAGGAGGUAGCUGCGGCCACCGCCGCUGUCGAGGCAGCCCAGGCUCAGACCGGUCAGGGUGAAGGAAGCAGCGGGGGUCAGGGCAAAGUGCAACCUGUCGACAAGCGCCUGGAAGAGCGACUAACUCGACUCGAGGCGGCGCUCGAGGAGAAGACGCAAGAGCUGAGCCGUGCUCGUCAAAGAGAAAAAAUGAAUGAAGAACAUAGUCAAAAGCUGAGUAGUACUGUAGACAAGCUGCUCGCCGAAAGUAAGGAGCGGCUUGAGGCGCAACUCCGAGAGCGAAUGCAGGCACUCGAAGAGAAGAAUGCUUUGGCGCAAGAACUUGACCAGCUGCGCAAGGCGUCUGAAGGUGCGGCGCUUGAUAAGGGCAAAUUGCUACAUGAAGUCGACAGAAUGCGUCAGGAGAUGGUGCAUAUGCAGCACUUCCACGAACAGCAGCUUGCCAAUGCGCACGCCAUGGCAACGGAGUACGCGAAUGCCUCGUUGUCGAAUGGUCUGGAUCACGGCGGUGUGGGUGGCGGAGCAGGAGGCCAUCAAGUAGUGGGAGCCAAAGACGGAGGUUCAGUCGUAGACAGCAAGUGGCUGAUGGGAGACCCCGCGGUGGACCAGAGCGACGCCCAGGCCCUGGCUAUGAUGCUUCAGGAACAACUGGACGCCAUCAACAACGAGAUUCUGCUCAUUCAGGAAGAAAAGGAAAAUACGGAACAACGGGCUGAAGAGUUGGAGUCGCGCGUCGCCGAUUCUUGGCAUCGCUCUCAGCUCAUAUCGGCGGCACAGGCUCAGCAACAGCAGGCGUCGUCGGCGCAGCAAUCAGUUGGAGCUGGGGGACAUCCACUGGACCAGCAGAUGCAACAGAUGGUCAAUCCCAGGCCUCCGAGUAGUCUAGGGACUCCGGCCGCAAUGGGCGCCGGGUCUGCGGGCGGCGUGCCCGUAGGGGGUGUCGCCUACCACGGACCUCCAGGCGAACAUCGGCCAUUAGCUCAGAGCCGCACCAUGGCGCAGAUCAUCGCCGAACGCCAGCUGCAACAGCAGCAAUCUAACAUGCUCAUGCAACGAGAGUUGAGCGGAUUGCAUACGCCUACUGAGGGAAUGAGUACGGCUACUAGCCAAGAAUCACUCUCGGGUAAGAAGAAAAAUAAGGGGAUCAAAAGUUCGUUUGGACGCCUUUUCACCAAGAAGGAUAAAAAGAGUAGUUCGAUGGUGGGAAUUAGCCAGAUGUACGCCGAUAGCGAAUAUGGUUCGUGUAGUGACAUUGUCGGAACACAUUCGGGUCUGGCGUCAGGAUUGGCCUCGCCAACAGCGUCGAUUUCGUCGCGGGACCUCGCAGGUUUCGCGCGCGGCGGUGGAAAAGACAACCAGAGUACAGUUGACCGGCGUACGAAGAAUAAGCACGACCUGCUUAUUGAGUCACUUAAGGCGGGAACGCCGUUCGCCUUAUGGAACGGCCCAACGAUAGUCGCCUGGCUUGAGCUAUGGGUUGGCAUGCCCCCAUGGUACGUAGCGGCUUGUCGGGCAAACGUCAAAUCCGGUGCAAUCAUGUCCGCAUUGUCCGACACAGAGAUUCAGCGAGAAAUCGGGAUUAGUAACCCCCUACAUCGGCUAAAACUUAGACUUGCCAUUCAGGAAAUGGUUGCGUUGACAGCGCCUGCGGGUCAGGCUGGUGGCCCUGUUCAUGGUGUUGGACCUGCUAAACCUCUACUAAUGGGCAUUGGUGUGGGAAACAGUGGACUUGCGUUUGGAGAAAUGAACCACGAGUGGCUAGGGAACGAGUGGCUACCUUCUCUAGGCCUGGCACAAUAUCGAUCAGCCUUCAUGGAAUGCCUAGUCGACGCUCGCAUGCUAGAGCACCUAACCAAGAAAGAUCUACGGGUCCAUUUGAAGAUGGUGGACAAUCUUCAUCGUAUCUCAUUGACAUGUGGAUUUCAGUGUCUCAAACGGCUUAAUUUUGACCGCGCACAGCUCGAAGAACGGCGACGUCUAGCAGAACACGAGACAUCGCGAGAUGUACUGGUCUGGUCAAACGAACGAGUUAUGCGAUGGCUAGGUCAAAUCGGUUUGAGGGAGUUUGCUGGCAACCUCCACCUCGAAAGCGGCGUCCAUGGCGCUCUCAUCGCGCUUGACGAGGCGUUCGAUGCCAAUGCUCUGGCCAUUCUAUUACAGAUCCCGUCGCAGAAUACAGCUGCUCGGGAAACCCUUGAAAUGGAGUUCAAUCAGUUGAUCGCUCAUGGUACAGAACGAGUUGUAGGGUCCGGUCAACCGGGAAAUCCUGAAAACAGGGUGUCUUCACAUCAUAGUCUUAACAAUCUUCCAUCACUUCAGGGCGAUCGACUCGUCUAGAUUACCGCCGAAGAUGUUGUAGAAAAAUUACUGUAGUUACAGAAAGUUUCUGCGCCAGCAAGUAAUAGGCAGAUUGAAAAAUCUUCAGAAACUUCAAGUGACUAGUGGCUAUUGUUCUAACAUGCAACGUUGAGCUUGGCAAGAAUAUGCAUAUCGUGGUUGAUCCCUUCGUCAGAUCGGCGGAAGAGGAAGAUAUCAUGCCGCUCUGUACCGUUCUUCAUUCCACUUCAAGAAAAAGCGCUUCAGAUGCGCCACAUUAUCUUACAGCAGAGCAAAGCUCAGCGUCCAUCGCGCCCGCUGAUGGAUAAUACGUUUAGUUACCUUACUAGGUCGAGUUCAAACACUGGCAGAGGCCGUAUCGACAGUGUGUUUCAACCAUUCAUUCCAUGCGACACCAAAGAAAUAGGUGGUCACUACACAGUUAGGCGCCUAUUGGAUCCGGAUAGUGGCCGCCGUACCUUUAUCUGAAAAAGAACGCCCCUACGAACAGCCAACUGUAAGGACCAACGCGUACAGUCUAGCGUUGACUGCAUCUCAGGAGUUGCGCCUCAGUCAGAAGCUGCGGCGCAGGCCGCGAAGAUAUCGUCGAUGAACAGUUGUGACAACGAACGUUCUCCUCCAUAAAACCGCCGAUUCCGACCGCACAAUGCUUCCCGCCCUAUAUCACUGAAGGGAGCCCACUGUAACGCAAUAUAGCUAUGCUUAUUGCGCACAAUUGACUGGCUGUUCUCGCCGGUAGAGACGAAUGUUAAGGCAUCUAGCGAGGAAUAGUAUCGAUCUCAUCAUUAAAAGACAAAGAAAAAGAUAAAAUGAGGCAAAGAAAAAAAGUCGAGGGUGGGCGGCGGAAAUUGAGCAAAAACCGCGAAUUUAACGGUAGUUCGAAUGGAAGCGACGGCAAUAACGUCGACCCUGACACCUCUAGGAGAACCUGAUUCUCGGCGGAAUGAAAUAAAAUUGGAAAAGGGACACGUCAGCGCACUUGUGAAUAUAGACUAUAUGUUAUAACAAUGAUUGCUGAUGAAUCUAUAAUAACAAUUAUUAUUAGUAUUAUGAUUAUUAUGGUGUACGGAGAGUAUAAGAAUUAUUGCAAAUAGACAUGGAGAAUAGAACCCAUGCCAAUCUAGCCGAGAGAAGAUCAUACAGAUGGUAGGGGAUAUCCACAUGGUGCGAGAACGGAAACCAUACGGUGACACAUGAUAUAUGGCUAUAUAUAUAUAUAUAUUCGUGUAUCACCAUUAUAUAUUUGGGGCAAAAAACAUUGGAGAUAAUAACAAAUGCGUCGAUAUAGAUGAAAUGUAAGUGAGUGCAUAAGGCGGGUAUUAUUCUAAUUAUUAUGAUUAUUGAAACCGGCCGGAUGGCCGUCCGUCAGAGGUCGACACAAACUGUUGUUUUUUGAAUUUCUAUUGGAUCGAUUAUUAUUAUAAUUCAUUUUAUUAUUGUUAUUAAAAGCACGCUGUCAUGGUUAUACAAGAACGAGGGAAUGGGGUUUGGGCUGGUUUUUUUGUCUGACAGUUAACCAAUGCCAAGGUGGCGUCGAGAAUAGAAACGAUGAACAGAAUGUGGCUGGCGUACGUUUGGCACAUUGUGUACUCGAGCCCUAAGAGUUUAGUAUUAAUAAGCCAUACGGUAUUGUGAACGCUUGGAGAGUACAUCACCAUUAAUGAAUUUUGAGGGGCGAACGACUUUGUGAGAGGAGCAUUGGGGGACCUGAGUGCGAGGAUCAACGGGGGAGGAGAGAGAAAACGAGCAUAUUGACCGGCGCAGUGAAAAACAAACAUGCUGCUAGACAUUAACUUUUAUUGCGCGCCGUGUUUCAAAGCUAAAAAAAUGCUGUACGAGGUAGGCGUCGUUAGCAGAUGAAAAACAUGACUGGAAAGGAGAUACGGUAUAGUCCACACUCCUAAACGGCUGAGGCUGGUAGAGGCACGGCGCCAGGAAUGGCUGGCAGACUGCAUAUGGGCAGGACGACGACCGAAGCAUCGGUCAUGGAUGUCUUCUAUGUCUAAACAGUUUGAAGCUAAAAAGCUACGAGGCAUUCGAAGUUGGCAGUCGACCAGGACAACACUUCAGAUGCCGUCUGUUCAUGGGCUUCGAUGUUAACCGGUGUAUUGGUCUGGAGCUUUAGGUAAAUUAGAGAAAAUAAGAUACGGAUUAUAUAGGUGAACAAUGCCGAAAUAACUGAUCUUGGAUAUAAAGUCAAGAAGCGGCCAUAUGUACGAAAGCAGCAUAGCCAAGGGAUACAUUUCAGAAGAUUAUCAAAGGCAGCAUAGGAAAAACCCAAUUACGCAAAAACAAGCAAACGAGCCACAUGGGUCAAUACAGGGUCAAUAGGGUACCCGACAGGCGACAGCUAACAUAAUACAUUAAGUUUCUGCUUCUGCGCAGUAAAUUCAUAUCGAUGCUAUUCAGAUCAGAUAAAGUCGACUGAAUAUUGUUUACUGGUAGAGGGAUUUGUCGUUUGUGCGCUGGCCGUUUUAUUCGUAUAGCAGCUGACUGCAGAAUUUACACGAACGACUCGAAGCUCUUGCGAGGUACGAAUGAAUAAGAUCGUGGAUCAUGAAUUUGUGUUAAGAAAUCUUUGACUUGACGAGAAAAUGUCGUUCUGUUAUUUUGCGAAGCAGGGAGGGGAAGUUGACUUCAACAAAUGUAGUAAAGGCUCAGUUAUAUAUCUACGUGUUGCCAUUGCCAUGAUGUGCUCGUAUUGUUCCAUGAAUUUUAAUCGACUCGUGGCAAAGGCAAGGCGGAUAGCGUUAUUAAAAUACGAUUUAGCUUCGGUAUUUGCAAAGAAAAAGACGUUUGUAGAUCGUACUCGAACAAAUAUCCAAGCUUCGGAUCAUGUGAACACAGCUGAUUAACAGGAUCACCUCGUUUGUCGGUCAGUCAGUAGAGUACUCAUUUAUAUCCAAAAUGGCCAAAUGACCUACGAAGGAAACAAACGGUCGUAACGCGCCCCUGCAAUGCUUCAUAAAAGACAAAACAAUCUAAUAUAGGUCGGUACCCUAUUGCCAUUGAAUUAAAAGUCAGCACGAUCAGAAGGGUACAACUAUAAAACAAGUAUCUGUCAAGAUUGUUAUUAUUAUGUUGUUGCCAUACCAUGAUGUCACUUGCCUGACCUCAAGAAGUACCCUUCGUGCAAAACCUAUUGUCAGGAACAUCAGUGAAAUAUCGGAAUUAAGAUCUCAGCGCAUAAAACUGAUCCAUCACUGAUCAAACAAUGAAAACGACCUCGCUUUGUCAAGCGUCGAUGAUUUUAUUGCAGCUCUACAUGAUAAUUCUCUAACAUUCUUUUCUGUGCUAGACAUCACCUGUGGUCGAUAUACAUACGAAUAGUGACGCGCUCAGAUACGAACGACUUUCCAAAACGAUAUAUAAUCAUGUUUUAUUUAUAUGUAGAAAAAUGGAGAAGAUUACAUGCCAUGCGUUUUGCUGAUGGGAUAAACGCUCCUUCCGCCGCCGGUGUAACUUAACUACAGUGUAUAUAUAUUCUAUUUUUUUGAAGAAAUUUUCUAUUUUUCCUACUUGUGUUUUUCUGUGCACUUUCCUGAUAAGCCAAAAUUAUCAUGUACGCUAUUUUUCCGAUGCUAUUUUUAGCCGCCCGCCGUAUCAGUUCGAAAUUUCUCUAAUACUAUCCACUGACAUACCUAUGUAUCCUUAGCUAAACAAAUGAAAUGAGCACGAACAGUCCAUUCCUACACAAUCGGCCAUGCUUUUUUUCGUUUUCCAAUCAUGCGGAAAUGCUGACGCGGAAAAGGAUUGUGAGAAUGCAAUGGUAAUCGUCGUCUUCCAAAGAUGUUUUCCAACGACGGAUAGAGCUCGUCUGCUGAAGGUCCUUCCUUCAUUCAUUCAAAAGCUAUCCAAAUUUCCAAAUUUACACCUUUGCCUUUGACUAUCUACUAUUCUUCUUGGACGCCGCGAUGACAAAAUAUUUUUUUGCUAUGCAUUUAAUUAACACGGUGUUCAUAUAUACAUAUAUAUAUAUAUAUAUCUCAAGAGAGAGAGAGAGAGAGAGAGAGAGAGAACGAGAACGCGAUGAAGUGCAAUCUAUUAAGUUGUCAGAUUAAUGUUGUUGUAGUUUUGCUUCUAAAGGCUGGCUGUCUUUUUUUGAGGCGGCUCUGUUGUCCAUUCCUCUCUUAUCGAAAAGUUCACUGAGCACGCUCUCGUACGAGACGCUGCGAUUUUCUUGUAAUUGUUCUUGUAGUAAUAAUACGUUUUUUUUUUUUUUAUUAUCUAAUGAUUGUCGUCACAGAUCAUUUAUUCCAUCUGAAAUAAACUAACUUAACGUUUACAGUAUUUCAAUUAUUUCAAUUCUAGUACCCGAUAGCGAACAAUUUUGAAGCACGACAUCCGUUUGUAACGCAAAUCUCGCUUACCCUGCUAGGUGUGUUUAAUGUGUAUGCUGGCUUGACUUAGUCCGAUAUGUGUGUAUCUUCGAAAAUAGGAAAAACAUGUAAAUGUAAAAAAAUCAACUGGAACAUUCAGGUAAUGUUCAACAUUAUGCCCGGCUGUAUUUCGGUCCGAAUUUUUAUUAACUAGCAGGAAGACUCUUGGGGCUACCUUUAUGUGUUCAGCACCGUGUAUCAUGGUGUCGAUGCGUAUUUGAAUUGAUCCAUACGUACUUGAAUUGAUAUAUUAUAAUUAAGGAGUGCUGCCUCAAGUUGGAUGUUCCUUUAGACUACGGCCCUGCGGCGAUGUCAACUUCUAUUCAUGGGUAGUUUUCUUACUAAUCCUUUUUACAAUACACUUCAAGACACUUCAUAUUGAACAUCUCCCUGUAUAACUAACGUCUGUUCCUUGCUUAAGUUUAUUAUAAUGAUUAUUAAUUGACCAUACGUGAUAUCGGUGUCAGUAGACAAUGCGAGACCUACCGCGUCUGCCAGCGAAGCUUCUUAGCCUCGGACACUUUCAAUAGAUAUUCGUUUUUUAUAACCACUAUUAUCAGGGUCAUGUUACCUUCUUUUGGCGGCCGACACACACACACACACACACACACAAACACGCAGCAAACUCAAGUUAAUAAUGAUAAGUUGAUUUAUAUAUGACUUAUCUUUCAAUCAGGAAAACGUGCUUACUGUUGCCCCUGCAUAUUGGCCACCGGCGAACAUGGGGGAAAAAUUCUUUGGGGUGUUGCCUUGUAACUGCGUAAACAAACUAGUCAAAUCUGCAUCGGGCGUGUCAUAUAUGCUAUAAGGAAAAACAAGGAGAAGAAAAUGGAAUAGACCGAACGCGAAUCUCUUGACCACGAUAAUUGCUCGAAUCAUCUAUAUAUCUAUCGAAACUGCUUGUACUAUGUGACUAAAGAACUACUGUUGUUUCUAUUGUUCUACUAUGUUGACGACAAUAAACAAGAGAAACCCUUUCGGGACACUUUGAAGCGACACGAAGAAGCUAGCAAGGCUCCUUAACACGUGUAAAUGGGAGACGUGCUAGAAAUAGCGCAGUGCUAACAGUACAAUGCGAAACAAAAUAUGGCCGUGUCAUAGAUGCUGGAAGGAACACGUAAUUACAAAGUAGCUCUAAUAGAAAUGACACCUAUUAUUCAUACCAGUAGCGAGUAGCAAUGUUUGAAAUCCAUGAAGACGAUCUAUGAAAAUCUAUAUACAUCCAAAAACGACCAAAAAUUGCUCGAAUAUUACCAUGAAGCGUACGGCUGAGAAGGUUCACUCAUGAUUAUGGUCAUCUGGUAAAAAUCAACACCAACAAAACCAGUCUGUGGAGUGUGUAUAUAUAUAUAUAUAUAAAAUUAGCAAAAAGAAAAUCACUACUUAAAAGCAUUGAUUUUACGUUACCGAUCGACAUCGCCAUAGUGGUAGAUGACAUAUUGCAACUGAACGUCAUAAUGCCGCUUUGUUAUCCUUGGAGUCUGUGAGAAAAUGGUAAAGUGAAAUGAAAAAUGCACGCAGAUUGACCAACGUCAAAUUCUAGUGAUGGAACGGACGCGUUCUCUAAUGCUUCUGCUCAAUCGGUGCAGAAGCACUUGUUUACCGAACAAUAGAUAAUAAGAAAAAAAUCGCAUAGCGCGAGCUAGUUUUUUGAUUCAACUGAAAUUGGGGAAGAUAAUUAUAUACAAAUAUAUAAGUUGAUGUGUAUAUGUUCCAAGUUUGCACAUUAGUUGAACACUGGUGAAACAUAAAUGGAAGAAGAGUUAGGAACAAUUGAACAAACAAAACAGACUCAACGGACAUCUUUGUUGCGGGAGCCAUGUCGAAAAAAAUAUAUAAGCAAUUGUUCUAGUCCAUACGAAGUCCAUCAAGGGCAUAUACGUGGAAGCUUAUGGUAUAGCUGUUGAUUGCAAUAGAUAGAAAAUUAAAAUUGGUAGAAUAUGAGUAUUCCUAAUCGUAUACAUGUAUGUGUCAAUCUAUAGCCCGAUAAUAGUUGUGUGGUAUGACAUCUUCUCGUGCUGACACCGUGCGAUAUUCACAUAACAGGAGUCAUCGAUAGCAGAAUCAUAUAUAGUUAUAUAUGUUUCGCCUAACCGAUACAUGACCAACUUAGCUCAACCAGCCCAUACUUACCCUUAAGUUCCAUCUACGUACACAGCAUAACAAUUUGUACACGGGCUAACGAACGAAUGCAAAUAAAUGGUACGACGGGGCGGGUAAAGGGCAUCGCGUAAAGACGUCUGGUCGCCAAUGGGAGCUUUGUGCAGAUAUCUGUGCGGUAGCUCCGUCAGUACAGACGGAGUCCUUUUGAGGAAUAGCAACCGAUAAGAUCCUUAUCUCACUUUCUCCCCUCUCCCUCUCUCUGUCCCCUACUCGUAGAUUCCACCCCAAUUUGAUGUACUGUAUCUCGGAUAGAUCGACGUAUUGGAUAGCAGAGGCCUCCUAUGCUUCCUCUCGCAUCUUUCAAAAAGGCCGGCAUCGAAGAGGAACGGGUGCUUUAUAAAAGACGACCACGAUUGAUUGGGGGUUCGAUAGCUAUUUGUAGCUGUUGGCGAACUGAGUUGCGAGACAAAAUGUCUGUUCUUUUUCGACUUCAUUGAUGAUAAGCAUAUUUGAAGAUAGUGAUGAUGUUGAUGAUCACGAUAAUGCUGAUAAUGUUGAUGGGCAGUGAGUGUAGAGGCGCAAGGACGCACAUGGAGGACGCGGAUACACACGGAUUAAUAUUGAAACACAAACAUAAAGACAAACUCGCACAGGGGAAGCACAAGGGAAGCAUAAGGGGCAACGAUUUGAACCGCACAUCAUUCAGAGACCGUUUCCACACGCCAGAAAGACAAUAAACACAUGUUGAACGCGCAAGCAUUAGUCACGGUCAAUCCGCAGGAUCGAAGGGAUACGCAAGGAAAAUCAUUAGCCGAAAAUAGAAUCCCUGUUGGCGCACACAGUGUGACGCGCAUUACAUAUCGAAAUGAUCUCGUAGCGAGCUCCCCCCUACGCGGGGCGCUGCAGAGGAAACACUUAUGUUGUUGACUAGUUACUCAGUUGGGUCGAGCUAAGCCACAUUGCAAUGUAGCGCUAUUAGCUCGUUAUUUCGCGUGAACAGGCAACGCCCGUUACACACAUACACAACAGUACACGGGUUUAUAGAGACAAGCUACUUGAGUGUAAAAAAAAGAAGAACGAAAUUCUCAUUUUCGGUCUGACGCAAUAUUGACAGCGAUGAGCAGCGACGAUGUUUGUUUUCUGCCGGGCGACGUCCUUGAAUUGGUGCGCGCGGAGAUUUGUAGAAACAGAUAACUGGAUAAUUUAAAUUCAUCGAAACAAAAUUGGCCUAGUUUCAACAAUCUGAUUAGGAAUGCUGGCCCUUCGACGAAUUACUAUACUAAUUCUUCCUAAAUAUUGUUAAACAAUGGCCAAUUACGGAGGGGGCUGUGCACGUAUAGCAGUGCUGCUAUGAUAUAAAGGCCUUCGCGAUGGCGCGACGAUAAUGUGUUAAUUCGCUAAAUAUAAGGACACGAUGUGAAAUGACGUUCCGGUUUGAAUAGACAUAACGUUCAUUUCGUGCUGGGGGAGGGACGUAGUCGUCGGAAACAAUCUUUAGCUCAAUGCCGUAGAACCGGAACAUUUAGUUCUGAUAGGGAAAAACUGCGGCUAUCAUAUGGUAUGUUGAAUGAAGAGAAAACAAUGGACAAAUACCAUUUGGACACACACAUGCACAGACACAUACGUAUAUAGAUACGCAUACAUCCACUAGGACGGAAGAAUCAAAAAUACAUCAAAACAGAUCACUGAAGGUAUCGACAAUGAUGACGGUAUCCGCAACGAAAACCAAAAUUUAACAACCGAUGCUAGGGAUAAAUGCGCUUGUGCGAAGCGUAGCGAAACAUGAACACGAACUGAUUGACAAGAUGUAUUCAAUAGCGGCAGUGCUGGACUGGGCGGCACGGGGUACACGGUAGUCGAGACUUGUGAACAAACAGGCGGCUGAACGGUCAGCAACGACAAAAAUCACAAAAAUGGCGAGUGGAAAAUAGAAUAGCAGACGAAACAAAAGGAAUAAAAAGCAA